GGAGCUCGGCGGAGCCAUGACCUCCCGCAGGUGGUUUCAUCCCAACAUCAGUGGAAUUGAGGCAGAGAAGCUGCUCCUGACCAGAGGUGUCCAUGGCAGCUUUCUGGCAAGACCCAGUAAGAGCAACCCAGGAGACUUCACUCUGUCUGUCAGAAGGAACGAUGAGGUGACCCACAUCAAGAUCCAGAACACAGGGGACUACUAUGACCUGUAUGGAGGGGAGAAGUUUGCCACCCUGGCAGAGCUGGUGCAGUACUACACCGAGCAGCAGGGGCUGCUGAGGGAGAAGAACAGCAAUGUCAUCGAGCUCAGGUACCCCCUCAACUGCCAGGACCCCACCUCAGAGAGGUGGUACCACGGGCACCUCACUGGCAAGGAGGCAGAGAAGCUGCUGACAGAGAAGGGCAAGCCAGGGAGCUUCCUGGUGCGGGAGAGCCAGAGCAAGCCUGGGGACUUCGUGCUCUCAGUGCUGACAAAUGAGGACAAGAUGGAGACUGGGGACCGCAAGCCACACGUCACCCACGUGAUGAUCCACUACCAGGUGGGAGCAUACGACGUGGGGGGAGGAGAGAGGUUCGACACCCUGACGGACCUGGUGGAGCACUACAAGAAGAACCCCAUGGUGGAGAAAUCUGGAGCUGUGGUUCAUCUGAAGCAGCCCUUCAACGCCACACGCAUCAACGCAGCCAACAUUGAGAACAGGGUGAAGGAGCUGAACAAGAUGGCAGAUCACAGUGAGAAAGCCAAGCAAGGGUUCUGGGAAGAGUUUGAGAUGCUGCAGCAGCAAGAGUGCAAACUCCUCUACCCCAGGAAGGAGGGACAGAGACCUGAGAACAAGGCUAAGAAUCGCUACAAGAACAUCCUUCCCUUUGACACCACACGGGUGGCACUCAGGGACGUGGAUGAGAGCGUGCCUGGCUCGGACUACAUCAAUGCCAACUACAUCAAGAGCAUCCCUGAAGAUGGAAGGAACUCAGAGCACUGCAAGAUCUACAUAGCCACCCAGGGCUGCCUGCAGACCACAGUGAAUGACUUCUGGGCCAUGGUGUACCAGGAGAACAGCCACGUCAUUGUCAUGACAACCAAGGAGGUGGAGCGGGGCAGGAACAAAUGCUUCCGCUACUGGCCGGAGAAGAGCUGCAGCAAGGAGUACGGCUGCGUGCGGGUGCGCGGCGUCAGCGAGAGGGAGGCGCAGGGCUACUACCUGCGGGAGCUGGAGAUCCUCAGGACCGACAGGGGUGAGCACCCAAGGCUGGUGAAGCAUUAUCAAUAUUUCAGCUGGCCAGACCAUGGGGUGCCCAAUGAACCAGGAGGGGUUCUGAGCUUUCUGGACCAAGUGAAUCGGGCACAGAGGAGCAUUCCAGGCACGGGGCCCAUCGUGGUGCACUGCAGCGCUGGAAUCGGACGCACAGGAACCAUCAUCGUGAUUGACAUUCUGGUGGACAUUAUCCACAGGCAAGGGCUGGACUGUGACAUCGACAUCCCCAAAACCAUCCAGAUGGUGCGCAGGCAGCGCUCGGGCAUGGUGCAGACAGAGGCUCAGUACAAGUUUGUGUACAUGGCUGUGCAGCAGUACAUUGAGGCUGAGCAGAAGAGGUUGGAAGAGGAGCAGAGGAGCAAAAGGAAGGAACGAGACUACUUGAAUAUUGGCUACCCUCCCAUGGACAAAGGCAGAGCCAAGGGACAGCCCCCUUCACCACGGGCCCCAUCUGUGGCUGAGGAUGAGUCAGCCUCUGUCUACGAGAACCUGAACAUCAAGAGCCCGAAGGUCCCCGGGACGAGCAGCGCAGGGCGGUAGAGGCGCCGGGGCCGAGCUGCCUGCAGGCGGCACAGUGCAGGAUCUGCAGUGUUUACUUCCACCCUUUCCAAGAUCUGCAAUUCUGGACAAGAUUUUUUGGGGUUUUUUUGCCUGGUUUGCCUUCCCCAAGCACCUUGGACUGAGUGAGGAAAUAAAGAAGCUGACUGUUAGAAGCAAGCAGAAUCCUCACCACCUUAAGAACAUGCCUUGACCUAACUUAUUAAUCAGAAGGAUCUUCUCCCAUUCUCCCUUGUCUCAGCAGGUUGAUAUUUAUGUGGAAGUGCCUCUGGACCUUCAUGAGGGCAAUCAAGGCUCAUUGGGUUUUUUUUUCUUUUGGGGGGGGAUUAUGUUGGGGUGGUUCUUGUUGGUUUUUUUUGGUUUUGUUUGUUUGUUUUGUAAUUUAAGAUUCUUAUUUUUUACACACAAGUUGUUCACAGGCCUGUUGGCUCACGAGCUUUCCCAGGGUUGCCCACCCAGGGCUGUUAGUAAGGUGUUAGUAGACUUGAACUGUUUUCUUUAGGUCAAUCAUUUCGAAGCUGGAAGUGUUUUUAGCCUAAAUCCUGGAGUAGUUUUGCUGCCUUGUGAGGGUGAGAAAGAGAAAGAGCACUGCCUGGCCUCCUCCAGCUGUUUGCACCUCUUGAUUCUUCUCCUCCUGCUUCCUUUUGGCUCUACCAGUUGUAGGUUUCUAUGCAACCCUGCCAAAGCACACCGAGCACUGCCUGCUGCUUGUGGGGCAGCAGCUCCUUGUGCCUGUGCCUGAGAGCCUGCUCUGCACUGGGGAGGGGUCCUAGCAGAAUUUGAGCCAGAGCUGAGCAUCUCCAACUUCCUUUGGGUCUGAAUGUUGAGCUCAGUGAAAUCUCACCAAGCUGAAUGGUGCUGAAGAGCAGGGAAGCAGCUCUGCCUGCACUGUGCCUUUAGCCACCCUUAGGAGCAGCCUAAGAUGCUCAGCUGAGCUGAACCUUUUGAGCUGGGCUCCCCUAAGCUUUGAUGCAGCUCUGCCAUUACCUUGCUGUGUGACCUCUUUUUGUUCUGCCUGCCUGCUGCAGCUCCAAUGAGAAGGGCAAAUGUUGUGUGGGGGCUGCUGCAGGAGUGAUUGUGACCUGGCCAGGUGGAGGUGUCACUGACUGCAGUGUUCCAGCCUUGACCUGUGACUGCCAGUGCUGCUGCUGUUCCAGCCCUGCAGCCUGCAAAUGGUCCAGCCAAGGAACCUCUUCAGCAAAGGUGCUGUCUGGUGGGGAGUGCUCAGUCCUACUGCCUGAACCUCCAGAAGAGCACCCGGGGGGCUGCUGUUGAGGUCCUCCUAGGUCUCAGGGACUUGCUGUGUGCUUGGGGUAUUAGUGCCUGGAGUGCUGGCUCCAUGUGUUGAGCAGAAGGGGUUGAAGAACAAAAGCACAAUGUCACACCUUGGCUGUGUCUCCUGGUUGGUCUUCCUCAUCCCUUGUCCCAGGGACAGGAGAGCUGUUUCAUUUUUA